AUGGCUAAUUUUCAAGAGUUCCUUAGUGGCUUAGGCUAAAUCAAAUAGAUGGAGAUUCCUUUUUACUAUAGGAAUUAGUUUAAGAUCAAGGAAAACUUCAUAAAUCCUAAUAGCAAACAUUUCGAUCAAAUUGCUUAAAAGUAAAUCAUAAUAUUUAUAAGACUCCUAUCAGAAGAUAAUAAAGGGUUGAAAAGGAAGUGGGAUAAACAAUGCAAGAUGUUAUUUAUCUGGGUUAUUGUCAAAUACUUCUAAGUGAGAAAUAAAAAAACCAUCAAUCCAAAUUCAGAUGAGUGGUUAGAAUUGUCAGGAAUAUUCAAUUUUGAUGAGGUGACUCUGAAACAACGAUGGAUUACUCUAAUAAACCCUAUGGCUAAAAGUUUGAAUUGGGAAUCAGAAGAAGAUGAUAUAAUAAGAUCAUUGAUGAUGUAUAUUAUUAAACUUUAAUUUCUUCAUUUUAGACAAUAAGAGGAAAAACACAUCUGGACCUAAAUUGCCCUGGAGCUAUAUAAUCAUAACAAUGGAUAGUAUGUUAGAACACCAAAACAAGUCAGAGAAAGAUGGAUGAAUUAUUUAAAUCCUAAAUUAAAUAAGUAAACCCUAUUUUUAGCAAUUUAAAUUAGAUCUAGUUGGACUGAUUAAGAAGACAAUUAAUUAUUGCAAUUGGUAGUCAAUAGCGGCAAGAGAUGGUCCUUGAUUUCCUCAUUAUUGCAAGGGAGAACUGAAAAUUAAGUGAAGAAUAGGUAUCAAAUUUCUACACUACUUAAAUUAGAUAUAAGAGUCUCAUUCAUAAGAUUUUCAAAGAAGAAGACGAUGAUGACAUUGAAGAAAUAUCAGCCAUUAGAUAAUAUUUAGCUAAAUAGAUUUAUACUGCUAUUAACUAAGAGAACAACCCAUCACAUUCAGUAAAAAAUGAAGCCAAAAUAAAAUGCGAAGAGUCUUAAUCUAAUAGUAUUAAUAUAUAAAAACAAAAAAAAAAAUAAUAACUCAAAUAUUAAGAUGAAUAGGAUUAGUAGAUCUAAAUCAAAAAGAAAAAAAUUAAGGUUAUUGAGAAUCUCCAUGUAAAACAAGAAAUCGAUUAAAAAUUAUCAUCCUAAUCACUCAAUCAAUAAUUUUGUCUAUCUACAAAUGGAAAUUGUGAUACUCAAAGUUAAGAGAAUAGAAAAGGUGUAUCCAGUUCUCAUUCCUAAGGCUCAAUAUAAAAUCAGGAAUUUGAAUGCAAAUCUUAACAAUUCCUCUAAUCCUAAUCUAAAUGCUAACUUUAAUCCCCUUCCUACAUUGGAUAAACUUAAGUGAAAGAAACAAUACCUUAAUACACUGGGUUCAGGCCCUACACAAAUGAUGCUUGUAAUGAUCUAUUCUAAUAAACACCUUCUUAAAUUAAUAGACUAGGAUUUGGUCUCAAAUAAAACCCAUAUUCUUUCUAAUAGUUAUCACCAUUUCAAUAAUAGAUUUAGUAAACGCCAAUCGUAUAUACUCCGCUAUACUUAUACAAUUCACAAUUCAUUGCACAAUCUCCAUACAAGAGUCCAAUUUUAUCACCACAUAUAUGGAUGUAAUAAUAAUAGUAAAUUCAAUAAUAGUAUGAGAUUGAAAUUCAGAAUGAAUAGUUAAAAUAGGAAUAAUUUGUAAAUAUAUAUGUGUUUAUCAAUUAGAAUAAUAAGUUAGAGUUUCUUUAAGGGUAAGAUUUGGUUUCUAAAUGGAAGAAUAAAAGAGUGUAGGAGAAACAGAAUUAGUAAGAGCUAAAUAAGAUUAUAGAUCAAUGA